CAUCGAAUCAAAGGUAUCAUUCGAAAGGUCCAUCUCAACAGUGACAUACUAAUUUAUCCUUAAACAACUAAACAUGAAAGUGUUUGGCCUGCUUCUGUUGGUGGCUUUUGUUAGCGCGGACCUGUCCUCACAGCGCCAGAGCUCUCUGGAUGCUUUGUCGAAGCUGCGUGCCUCUAUUCCGGAUUUCCAAUAUGCACAGGACUCCGCCAUCCUGAGAGUUUCCGAAGCGAAACAGAAGGCUUCAGACUCAUUAAACAAUUUCUAUCACGAUGUGUUUGCGACCAAGACUAACUCGCUGCAAGCGAUACUGGCAGAAGAGGUCGAAACAAUCGCCUACGGUGAGUCUGUUGACCCCUGGUGCUGGGAGAGCAACGUUCCAAUGCUCGAAGGUAUCAUGGGAUGGGCCGGCAACGAUUUCAGUGACUGUAUCAAAAAAUUGGACGACUCACUCGGUGAAGUUGUGGCCAAGGUGUACGGACGAUUCCAGGACGAUGAAGCAAACAUCAAAAAGUACACUCUGCUUGAGGUGUUUCAGAAGAGAAACAUUAUCAACAAUCCUCAGUCCAUUAUUGAUGCUAUCGGUAAUCUGAAAUUCGAAGUAAACGAUGCCGUCCCUGAGUUCGACAGCGUAAUGCUUGAAUUUAACACUGCACUAGACUCUAAACGAGCGAUGUAUUCUUCAUGUUUGGACAAUAAGAUCAAUCUUCGCAAGCAACUGAUUGAUGAGCUGAAGGCGGAAACCGAAAGAUGUUUGUCGAGCUUGUAACAUUUAAAGUGUGUGCAAUUUUUAAGCUGAAAAGAAUUUGUUACGAAAGUGAUGUCUGGAACUACGAACUCCAUCUUUGCACGUUUCAGAAUAGGCAAAUAAAAAUGUGUUACCUACAUCGAAUUCAAAUCUCAGAAAUACUUGUGCCUUUUUUCGUUUCUGAUGAAUGCUGAGAAUAUAUGUACAUAUACAUAGAAUAUAACGAACUAUUGUAUCGAGAUUGGAUUUUAAUCAGCAAUGAAGAGUUUAAUUUUCUGGUUAGACUAUGGCAGCAAUUAGGCUUUGGGGACAAAACACUCCCCCCCCUCC